CUGAUCCUGUGCGUGCGCUUGUGUACUAUUAGUAAUGGAGAACAAAUCCUCUUCGGGGUAAAAUCGGAAUUAAGUGCUAUCGAUAUCAAGUCACCAAUUGCGCAAGAUUUAUCAGUGUUGAUCUGCAGGGCUUGCUAUUUAGUAUGUCGUCUGAUUCGGGGUCCCAGACUCCUGGCUCCAAGGGGAUCAUGACCUUUCACCCCACUGCUGAGGAGUUCCAGAACUUCAGCCGCUACAUUGCCUACAUGGAGGACCAGGGAGCACAUCAAGCCGGCUUGGCUAAAGUCGUGCCACCAAAGGAUUGGAGGCCCAGGAAGUCCUAUGACGAUAUAGAUGACCUGGUGAUCCCAGCUCCCAUCCAGCAGGUAGUGACGGGCCAGUCAGGCCUGUUUACCCAGUCCAACAUCCAGAAGAAGCCCAUGACCGUCCGAGAGUUCCGUAAGACGGCCAACAGUGACAAGUUCUGCAGUCCUCGCUACGCCGACAUUGAGGAGCUGGAGAGGAAGUACUGGAAGAGCGUGACCUUUAACUCGCCCAUCUACGGUGCAGAUGUGAACGGAACACUUUACGACCCUGAUGUGACUGAUUGGAACAUCGGCAAACUGAACACCAUCCUGGACACGGUGGAGCAUGUGAAUGGCAUCACCAUCGAGGGGGUGAACACGCCCUACCUGUACUUUGGCAUGUGGAAGACCACCUUCGCCUGGCACACUGAAGACAUGGAUCUCUAUAGUAUCAACUACCUCCACUUUGGAGCGUCCAAGUCCUGGUACUGUGUUCCUCCAGAGCAGGGGAAAAAAAUGGAGCGUUUGGCUCAAGGGUUUUUUCCUGGUAGCCACCAAAAUUGCGAAGCCUUCCUGAGGCACAAGAUGACCCUCAUCUCGCCCUCCAUAUUAAGGAAAUAUGGCAUUCCAUUUGAGAAGAUCACUCAGGAGCCCGGUGAGUUCAUGGUGACAUUUCCCUAUAGCUACCACGCCGGAUUCAACCAUGGCUUCAACUGUGCCGAGUCCACCAACUUUGCCACCGAAAGGUGGAUUGAGUAUGGAAAGCAAGCCAUGCUGUGUACGUGCAGGAAGGACAUGGUGAAGAUCUCCAUGGAUCUGUUCGUGAAGAAGUACCAGCCAGACCGCUACGAGCAGUGGCUCGCGGGACGGGACACGGGCCCCAUCGACCACUCACGGCCCACCCCAGAGGCCAAGGAGUUCCUGGGGGAGGAGCAGGGGAAAGACUGCAUUUCCCAGGAGCCAGAGGUGGAGGGAAAGAGUCCAACACCGAGGAUAGGGACCAAGAGGCACUGGGUGUGUCUGGAUGUACCUGACAAGGUUGUCCCUAAAGAUGAAGAAGAGGAGUAUGACAAGAAGGCCAGACUAGGCCUCACUGCUCUGGGCAUGGGAGAAGAGGACUGCACAGAUACAGACACACCAGUGAAGCUCACCUCGAGGGAACUGCCUAAUUUAAAGACGGACCCUACGAAGGGCAACAGCAGCACAAGCCCGGCUUCACAAAAAGUCACCAUCCCCUCCACCAGCAAUCACGCAGCGACCAUUUUGGCUCAACCCCAGUCGCACAGAAACGGCCACCUCCCAGUAGUGGCUCCCCCGGCCAGGACCGGUCCUUCCGCUCAGCCUGUCCGAAAGCUGGGGGUGGCCAGCCUCCUCUUCCACAAGACCCAGAGCCCCAAGGAGACCAUGCAGGUCCACAGCUACGCCCGUGAGAACCAGCAGCCGAUUCACCACACCCAGCUCCACGUGCACAGUUAUGCCAGGGAGCACCUGCCACGGCACCUCCAACCCCACCUUCAACUCAAGGCCCAGCUCCAGUCCCAUAUCAAAGCCGGGCAGCAGGAGUCCCAGGUCGCAUUCACCAAAGAUGAGCAUAUCCAGGCCGAAGCACAGAGUCCCAGGAAGGGAGAACAGGUUGAAACAAAGGCCCAGACCCAGCAGCCAGGCGAGGCCCAGGCUCGGGAGGAGAAGUCUGAAGCUAAGGCCCCUAGCAGCCCGGAGCCUGUCCAAACCCACGCACAUACCAGGCCAACCAAGAGGGCAGAGGUCAAGGGGGACAGGUGUAAGCAAUGUCUUUCCCCAGUGCAGGCGGAGUUAACGUUAAUCAAGCAGACAAACUUAAACUUAAGUAAGCCGAUGAUUUUACAUCCAAGUAAACUGACUAACUUAAGUCCAAAUAAGCAGACGGGCUGCAAGAGCGUGAAGAGCAAGCAAUAUCCUCUCCUCCGCCAGCUGCCAAAACAGCACCCACUCCUCAGCUCCAGUGAAAGCCACAGUGAUGACGAUGAGCUGUAUGUUGAUAUGAAGGAUGAACCAGAGGAGAGGGAGGAGUGGGCCAAGCCCCUGGCCCAGCUGUGGCAGAGCCGACCUUACAACCCCCAGGCGGAGAGAUCGUACAACCAGCGCAUGGGCCUGCAGGCCCCCUACUGCUCCAUCUGCCUGCUCUUCCACACAUACGACCAGUCGCAGUCGAGCAGCAACCCCAGCUACACUGUAAAAGGCCGGCGCGGGGGCAGACAGAGGUCCAAGCCCCUGAUCCCAGAGAUGUGUUUCAGCACCACCAGUGACAAGAACAACAGCAGCAGCAGCAGCGGCGAGGGCCAACUCCACACCCCUCACCUGGAGGAGGACGGCACCAGCCUGCUGGUCAGCUGUUCCCAGUGCUGCGUCCGCGUCCACGCCAGUUGCUAUGGAGUGUCUGUUGACCAAGUGUCAGACGAUUGGUUGUGUGCUCGCUGUGAAGCCAACGCUUUGACUGAGGACUGCUGCCUGUGUUCACUGCGAGGGGGAGCUCUACAGAGAGCCAACAACGACAAGUGGGUGCACGUGCUGUGUUCGCUCGUGGUCCUGGAGGCGCGCUUCGUGAACAUCACCGACCGCAGUCCCGUGGACCUCAGUUACAUCCCUCUGGCCAGGUUCCAGCUGAAGUGUUUCUACUGUAAGCGACGGGUGAAGAGGGAUGUUGGCUGCUGUGUUCAGUGUUCCCAUGGCCGCUGCACCACUGCCUUCCACCCCACCUGCGCCCAGGCGGCUGGCCAGCUCAUGCAGCCUGAUGACUGGCCCUUCAUCGUCCACGUCACCUGCUACAGGCACAAGUCACCCGUCCUACCAGAGCGUAAUAAGGCGGCCAUGCAAGAGCUUGAGGUCGGCCAGCAGGUUAUCUGUAAGCAUAAAAAUGGGCGCUACUACCAGUGUGAGGUGCUGGAGCUGCUGACCACCGCCACCUUCUACGAGGUCGUCUUCGAUGACGGCUCCUACAGUGACAACCUCUUCCCCGAGGACAUUGAGAACCGGGACUGUGUCAAGCUGGGCCCUCCAGCAGUGGGCGACGUGGUGCAGGUGCGCUGGACGGACAAUCUGCUGUACGGGGCCAAGUUUGUCGCAUCGCAGUCCAUCCUUAUGUACCAGAUGGAGUUUGAGGACGGGUCGUCGUUGUCUGCCAAGAGGGAAGAUGUCUACAGUCUAGACGAGGAGCUGCCCAAACGAGUCAAGUCCCGAAUGUCCAAGGCGUCAGACAUGCGGUUCGAUGGGAUUUUCACAGAGGAGGAGGUUAAGCAGGGCUCCAAGAGACAGCGAGUCAUCAACUCCCGUUACAGAGAGGACUACAUCGAGCCUCUCCUAUACAGAGUUAUGAUGGAGUAACCCUCCUCUACUUUAUGAACUCUCCACACACCCAGAGAGGGGGGCAUCUUUGGGGAACCCACAGCCUGGACAAGUGGCUCCAACCCUGGGUACUAUUCGGAACAAACUCCCUCUCUGGGUGUGUAAGGCUUCCAUGCCCCUGGGCCAUUUUUUUUUAAACCACGGCUGGGAUUUUAGGGGAGUUUCGGUUCUUUAUGAAACUCCCUUAUUUCUGUGAAUUGUUUCUUCUUCCUUCACUGUCCGUUAAUGACGAUAGGAACAUGCUGGGCAUUUCAGUAUAAUCAUACUCUCAUCUGACAACUUGCUUGAGUCGGCAUUCUAAUCUCUAGCUUUACCCAUCCAAAAGCAUUAAUUUGACAUUUUUACAUAAAACACAAAAGAUGGUAUUUCACAGUGCCAGCCAUAAUUCAAUAUGAUUUUAAAUAACAUGCUGUUAACUGUGAUUACAAAAAAUCUGAAGUGCUUUAUUUGCUUUGCAAUGCAUUUUAUGGACUUCAUAUUAUCUCCAAUAGGAAUGUGCAGGUUUGAUUGUGUCUGUGACAAUAGGAAGAUCUCAGUUAGCAGGCCAAGCCUUAAGGCCAGUGUUUUCUUGUUGGGUUCAGUUUAGCUAUACAACUUUAAAGCUUUGGAUUUAUUGCAUUUACAUUGGUCAGUUGUGCAAGUUUGAGAACAACUGUUUUACCACAGCUCACUGCGCUUACAAUCUCCAAAAAUCCCCAAGAUGUAUUUAUAUUUAUGUGGAUAGGUGUUUGGGUGCACAUUUGUUCUUGUUUCUUGAAUUGUUAAUUUGUUUAAAUUUUAUUGCCAUCCCAUGUUGAAUUGGUAGUAUGUAUAUGCCAAGGUUAGUCAAGUUACUCAUUCUGCUAAAAAGCACUUAUUAACCCCAACUACAUUAUUACUAUCUGAAAGUUCCAAAACGUUGUGUCCUGCUGAAUGUGCACCUGGUCAAUUACAGCCUAGGUGUAGACUAGUUGGUGUGUGGUCUUAUCACAACCAAGUAUGCCAGAAUGUUGUUUGUUUUGGACAGGGGAAAAUAUAUUUUCUAAUCAUUUGAAGAAUGUUUAUCCUUCUCAUGCUUUGUCGACGUUCCUUGUUGACCUGAAUCGUUUGGUAUUUGGGUAGUGUUGUGUAUAUGUAGCUCAUUUAAAGUAUCUCAGGAGGACUCACACACCCUUACCACCUUGCCAUGGCUACUGUCUGAAGCGUUUGGAGUCAUGUGCAUUACAUUUGUAAACAUCAACUGUUGCAGUAAAGACCUGACUGGGGGAAAAAAGCUUUGUCUCUCGUUUGCUGUCCCCUGAUCUCAAACAUCCUGUUAGACAUACUUCACUUGAAGUAUUCACUUUUUUUUCUUGAGCGGAUGUUCAGGUGGCCGGAACAUAUUUACAAAUAACUUGUAGACCACAAGAAGCCCAGAAAUAAUAUCUGCCUAAAACAAUCAUAUCAAACCUUGCUUACAUUUUGUAUACAAUCAGGUCACGACUAUGCGUGGGAAUACUUUGGAACAUGUCCAACAUUAAAUUGGAGCUGAUUUACGGUUGUUUUAAGUCGUAAUCCACCAAUAAAACGUGAUUUAAAAAAAAACGUUUGCUCAGAAAUUUGGUUGCCAAAUAAACUCACCCGUGGACCAAAUUUGACCCACGAGCUACCAGUUGGAAAACCCUGUAAUAGAUUGAUACACUGUAUACAAAACAUUAAGAACAUCUUCCUAAUAUUGAGUUCCGCUUCCCCCCCGGGAACAAAUGAACAGAACAAUUUCAAUAACCAAAAACACUAAGUCCUAUUGGCAAACAUACCUCGGAAGGAACGGCUACAAAAUAUUAUCCACAAAACUUUUCAUGACCGCCACAACAAUCAACACAGGACAUAAAAAGAAGCCCUCUUCCUCAGGGCAGGAACACUGGCUUAAAAGCCAGAGAAGGAGUUGGUAAUGAAGAGACAGCUGUAUCCUCUGACAAGAGGGAGGGAUCAGAACUUCAAUCUGCGAUGGGGCCGACCAAUCAGCUGCUUAGAAUCCAGGAAGCCAUUUCCUGAUAUAUACACACAUACAAACACACAAUACAGAAACUGGGGAACGUAAAACACAGGCUAUAGCCUAUAUUCAAUCAUUGAGAUUCAAUGACAUGGAACGUUCCUAUUGUAAACAUACAGUGCAUUCGGAAAGUAUUGAGACCCUUUGACUUUUUCCACAUUUUGUUACAUUUCAGCCUUAUUCUAAAACGUGUUAAAUCGUUUUUCCUUUCAUCAAUCUACACACAAUACCCCAUAGUGACAAAGCAAAACUAGGUUUUUAGAAAAGUCAACAAAUGUAUUAAAAAUAAAAAAAAUGAUAUCAAAUUUACUUAAGUAUUCAGACCCCUUUACUCAAUACUUUGUUGAAGCACCUUUGGCAGCGAUUAGAGCCUUGUCUUCUUGGGUAUGACGCUACAAGCUUGGCACACCUGUAUUUGGGAAGUUUCUCUCAUUCCCUGUCCGGUUGGAUGGGGAGCGUUGCUGCACAGACAUUUUUAGUUCUCUCCAGAGAUGUAUGUUGUUUUUUUAUGUAUUAUUUCUUACAUUGUUAGCCCAGAAUCUUAAGUGUUAUUACAUACAGCCAGGAAGAGCUAUUGGAUAUCAGAGUGACGUCAACCUACCAGCACUACGACCAGGAGUACGACUUUCCCGAAGCGGACCCUUUGUCUGCACGACCGAGGGCAUUUGAACUGAUUCCAGAGGCCGACUCGCAACAAUGCCGCUGGAGGAGAGGGAGCCGGAGCAGCCUUCUCGUCAGACUUGAGGCACGCACACCACCCAUUUCUUUUACAAGCAUUUCGCUACACUCACAAUAACAUCUGCUAACCAUGUGUAUGUGACCAAUAACAUUUGAUUUGAGAUGUUCGAUCAGGUUCAAGUCCGUGCUCUGGCUGGGCCACUCAAGGAUAUUCAGAGACUUGUCCCGUAGUCACUCCUGUGUUGUCUUGGCUGUGUGCUUAGGGUCAUUGUCCUGUUGAAAGGUGAACAUUCGCCCCAGUCUGAGGUCCUGAGCGUUCUGGAGCAGGUUUUCAUCAAGGAUCUCUCUGUACUUUGCUAUGUUCAUCUUUCUCUCGAUCCUGACUAGUCUCCCAGUCCCUGCCUCUGAAAAACAUCCCCACAGCAUGAUGCUGCCACCACCAUGCUUCACCGUAGAGAUGGUGCCAGGUUCCCUCCAGACGUGACGCUUGGCAUUCAGGCCAAAGAGUUCAAUCUCGGUUUCAUCAGACCAGAGAAUCUUGUUUCUUAUGGUCAGUCCUUUUAGGUGCCUUUUGGCAAACUCCAAAUGGCUGUCAUGUGCCUUUUACUGAGGAGUGGCUUCCGUCUGGCCACACUACCAUAAAGGCCUGAUUGUGGAGUGCUGCAGAGAUGGUUGUCCUUCUAGAAGGUUCUCCCAUCUCCACAGAGGAACUCUGGAGCUCUGUCAGAGUGACCAUCGGGUUCUUGGUCACCCCCCCAACCAAGGCCAUUCUCCCUCGAUUGCUCAGUUUGGCCGGGUGGCCAGCUCUAGGAAGACUCUUGGUGGUUCUAAACUUCUUCCAUUUAAGAAUGAUGGAUGCCACUGUGUUCUUGGACCUUCAAUGUGGCAUAAUUCCUUUGGUCCCCGUCCCAAGAGCUGUGCCUUGACACAAUCUACAGACAAUUCCUUCGACCUCAUGGCUUGGUUUUUGCUCUGACAUGCACUGUCAACUUUGGGACCUUAAAUAGACAGGUGUGUGCCUUUCCAAAUCAUGUCCAAUCAAUUUAAUUUACCAUAGGUGAUUUAGCAAUCAAGUUGAAGAAACAUCAAGGAUGAUCAAUGGUAGCAGGAUGCAUCUGAGGUCAAUUUCGAGUCUCAUAGCAAAGGGUCUGAAUACUUAUGUAAAUAAGGUAUUU